AUGAUUAAGAUGAUAAUUUUUAUCGUUCUUUUUUAUGAGCAGGUUCUUCUGCCUUGUAGUAAGAUAAAUUAUAAAUUUAGAAUGCAAAUAUUUAGUUUUAACAGAUUUAACAGAUUAAAGCACUGUAAGUUUAUGGUCGGAUGAAACCUUAAGUCUCCCUUUAUCCUUUUGUACAAAUGAAUUAGCUGAAAACUACAUAGGCUUAGAUAACAAUUUAAAUCCUAUUUAUUGGAAGAGAAUAUUUUCUCUACCUAAAACUAGCAGAGUUUAUGUUUAUUUUGAGAUUUCCUUAUCUGGAAAUUGGAAUAAUGAUGAACUGUAGAUAUUUGCUAAUGAUUUAAAGGUCUACUCUUAAAAAUUUAGUCUCACAGAUUCCAAUAGGGAUUGUAAUCAAAGGUAUUUUGUUCGAUGAUAAUUAGAUUUCUUUAUGAAUCCUAAGGAUACUUUAUAAUCAAUAUGAAAUUAGAUUCUUUGAAGUUUGAAAUAAAAGUCAGUAACACUAACCUUGGUAUUUAUAUCAAAAAUUUGAUUUUGCUAUAGUAAUAAUAGAGAGGGAGAAAUGAGAUUCUUCAAUUUAUCGAUUACAUUCCCACAUGUAGUCCAAAUUUUUAUUUUUAAUAAUACUAUUGCAAGUGCUCAAAUAAUUUAGUCUACUAAUCCAAUUAGUGUAUAUCAUCCUGUAGUUAAAAUUAUUUGUAUGACUCAACUGAAAAAAUGUGUUUUGAAAAACAUUAUUGCUCAUCUUGCAUUGGAACUCAAACAUCAUUAUCUUGUGAUACAGGAUAUUAUAAAUAUUAAGAAUCUGAUAUUUCUGAAUCUAAUUGUGUUAAGAGAUGCCCAAAUGGUUAUUAUCAAGAUGAGACUACUAAGUCUUGCACUGACAUGAAAUCUUAUCUAUAGACUAAUCAAAAUGGUGGAGGUAAAUUAUAAAACUUAUGAUUUAGAAUAAAUUGGACAUUAUUACUUUUUUAUAACCACAGCAGAAUUUUUUCAUUUUUAUUCUUAUAAUCAUUUAAUGGCAACAGUUGUAUCAAUUCCAGAAAAAAUUAAAGAAAGAGGCUUUUUCUUUUAUGGUAAUAAAUUUUAUGUUGGUUCAUUUGAUACAUUUUAAUCCCAAAAGGUCUUGCUAACAUAAAAUAUUCAAAAUUCUUAACAUAAAAUAAGGUUUAGAGCAAUAGCUCAUUUUAUUGAUUUCAAUCCUACUAAAUUUGAUGUAACAAUUAAUGGUGUUAAGUAAACAGCUGCUACAUUACAAAUUAAUAAUAUUAAUAUAUUAUAAUCAUCAAAAUCUGAUUAUAUAGCAUACUUAGAUUAUACAUGGGUGAGAACAGAAUAAUAUCCAAUAUCUUAAAAUAAUAUUCUUUUUGAAAUUGAAUAACCAUCUUAAGGAGGAAAAUAUAUUGGACUUUUCUAUUUAGAUGAUAUUCAUCUUUUUCAAUUUUAAUGUUAAACAGGAUGUAAUACUUGCUUUACUUAUGCUUUUUGCACUCCUUGUCUUUAUCCAGCAAAUAAAGAUCCUGCUGACUGUUCAUGUCUAACAGGAUAUGUCAUGUAGAAUAAUUAAUGCAUAGGUACUACAGAUUAUUAAUUUUAGCUUGCCCUACUUAUUGUACUACUUGUGUAACUGCUGGUGUUUGUGUAGAUUGUUUGGCAUCAACAAAAAGAAUUAAUUCUCCUAAUUGUGAUUAAUGUCCUAUUAAUUAUUAUGUCGAUUCAGGAUUUGCAGAUUGUUAACCAUGUUAAACAGGAUGUCAUUCAUGUACAAUUGGAACUGAAUGUAUUUAAUGUGCUAAUGGAUACUUUAGAAAUCAAUUAAAUUAAUGUAUAACUUAAUGUCCAAAUGGUUAAUUUAAUGAUUCUAGUAAUGUAAAUGAUCCAAAAUGUAGUAUUUGUGAUAAUAAUUGUUUGAAAUGUUAAACAUUAGCUACAACUUGUACUGCAUGUAAAGGAUUGGCUAUUCUUGUUUCUGGUUAAUGUUAUCUAUGUUCUGAAGGUCAAUAUUUACAAGGAACUACUUGUGUCAAUUGUAUCAGCGGAUGCUAAAUUUGUUCUUCUGUCACAUGCACAACAUGUUAGGAUUCUUACUAUUACAAAUCAUCAACUAAUGAAUGUAUUUCUGUUUGUGAUCCAGGAUUUUUUGGCAAUACAACCACUAAAACAUGUGACUUAUGCAAUUCGAAUUGUUAAACAUGUUUAGCAGGUACAAAUAAAGAUUGUGUCACAUGUCCAGCAGGUAAGGUGCUCAAUAUCUAAAAUGUCAUUAGUGGAGAAUGUUAAACAAACUGUUUGCUAGGAUUCUACAAAGUAAAUGAUGGAUGUUCAAAGUGUUGGAAAGGUUGUGCUGCAUGUAUGGACUCAACUUAAGCCUGUUUAACAUGUGCAAGCAAAUUUUAUAGAUUAAAAACCACAGGUUGGUGCUAUGAAACAUGCCCUGAUGGAUUUUAUAAUAAUUAAGUAGGUUAUCUGUGUUCUCCUUGUAACACUUAAUGUAAAACCUGUUAUGGUUUUUCAGAAUUAACUUGUUUAUCAUGCAAUGCUCCAUUAGCUUACUUUUAAAACCAAUGUUUAGUUGAAUGUUAUGAUGGUUAUGGGAGCAUAAAUAAUAUUUGUGAACCAUGUGCAGCUAAUUGUAAGAAAUGUUUUGGUACAUAACCUAAUUAAUGUCUUGAAUGCAUGAUUGGAUUUUAUACUCUAAAUAAUCAAUGCUAUGUAAAAUGUCCAAAAUCAUUUGUUGGUAUUAGACCUUAGUAUGUUUGUAAAUGUAUAUACGACAAUUGUAUAAGUUGUACAGCAACUUAGUAUUUUUUGGAUAAUUAAUGUUAUACUAAUUGUCCAACUGGUUAUUUUGGAUAUAAUGGUUUAUGUAUUAAAUGCGAUGUCACUUGUGGAACUUGCUUUGGAGAAGGAAUAGAUGAAUGUUCUUCUUGUAAUAGUGGUUUAAUCUUAUAUUAAAAUACUUGUAUAACAGAUUGCUUGGGAAAUCUCUAUCAUGAUGUUGUAGCUAAUGAGUGUAAACUAUGCAAUAUAGAGUGUGCUGCAUGUACAGGGCCUAAUAAUAAUUAAUGUACUGCUUGUCCAAAUGAAAAAUUAUUAACAAUUGAAAAUAGUUGUAAAGAUAUUUGCACUGAUGGUUCAUAUUCUGUAUUAAGUGAAAAAAGAUGUUAUCAAUGUCAUGCAACUUGUAAAACUUGUUUUGGACCUUCUGAUGAAAAUUGUUUAUCAUGCACAAAUUUAUUUUAAGCAAAUCAAUGUGUAAGUACAUGUUCUCCUGGUUUUACAAUCAAUGCUACUGGUACGGCAUGUGAUUCUGACUUUCCUCUGGUGAUAGGAACCUGCUCAUAUUAGUGUAAGACUUGUGAAUUAGCUCCAAGAUUUUGUAAAUAAUGUUCAGGAAAUCGUAGUCCUAAUCCACCUAAUUGUGAUUGUGAAGCUGGUUAUUUUGAUGAUGGAAGUAACUCUAAUUGUCCGAAAUGUGAUAAUAAAUGUUUGACUUGUAAAGGGUUAGCAAAUCUUUGUCUUAAAUGCAAAGGUGAUAGAUUAUUACCGACAUGUGCUUGUCCAGAAUUUUAUUAUGAUGAUGGAGAAUCAGUUAAUUGUGUUAAGUGUUAAGAUAAUUGUAAAACCUGUGAUGUUAAUGGAUGUACAUCUUGUUUAGGAGAUAGAAUUAAUAAUCCUGAUUGUGUAUGUCCUGAUGGUUAUUUUGAUACAUAUCAAACUUAUUGUUCAUAAUGUGCAAAAAAAUGUGUAACUUGUAGUGGAUCAGCAGAAAUAUGUGAUGUUUGCUCAGGAAUUAGAGUUGGAAAGCCUAUUUGUGGAUGUCCAGAUGGUUUUUUUGAAAAUUCUGAUUAAGAAUGUUAACAAUGUGAUUCAACAUGUAAAGAUUGUAAUUAAUAUGGAUGUUUAUCUUGCUUUGGUAAUAGAGUUGGGCCCAUAAAUGGUGAAUGUAAAUGUGAUUAGAAAGGAAUCAGUAGAUUUAGUAUUGGAUCUGUUUAUUGUACUGAUUGUUCAUUAGGAGUACCAUAUUUUGGAUUAAAUGAAGAAUUUACUGGAUUUAAUAUUGAUUUUGGAGGAUCUAUCAUUUAUUUAGAUUAAGGAGUUACAGAUUUAUGUGAAGCUUUCUUUGAAUCUGAAACUCUUUUAAAAUUAGGAACGAAACCUCUCUGUAAUUCAGAUUUCUCAAUUAUUUUUGGAUAAAAUCCUACCAUUUAAGUAGGUGAUACUAUUAAAUUAAAAUUAUCAUUCAUUUUAACAGGUUGUACUUAUCAAUUUUUAUAAAUCCUUCCUAUGCCUCUCUCUAUUCCAUCUACAAUUGAUUUAGAUACUCAUAAGCCAAGUGUGAAAUUCAAUGAUUUAAGUACUUCAAAUAUUUGUUCUGAUUUAGUAAUUAGAUUUGAAGAAUUAUUUUAUAAUGGAAAGUAAAAUUUCAAAGUUAUUUAAUGGAAUCAAUAUAUUCCAUCAUUAAUAGACCCUUAAAUAUAAUCUAUAUUAAAUGCUAAUACUUUGAAUCAUAGUGAUACUAUUACUUUUCCACCAAAAAUUUUCUAAUCAAAUAUUAGAUAUAAAUUUGGUGUUACUAUUGAAAGUUUUGCUAAAUUAUAGAACAUCAAUUAUUUUUAAUUUGAAGCUUCUCAAUAAUCCAAAAUUAAUUUUUAUCCAGUUUCAACUAAUAAUUAAUUUCGUAGAUAUGAUCAAAUCUCAAUCUAAUGUUAAAUAUCUUAUUCAAAUUGUAUAGAAAAAGUAUAUCCAGAAUAAACUUUAUUUUAUGAAAUUAAAUUGAAAAAUAAUAAAAAUUAAUUAUUAAAUGGAACUUUGACAGAAAAUUUAGAAGAUGGAUUUGUUUUCGAUGUUCCUCUUAAUAUCAAUUAAUAUUAUUUCAAUUUUUCAAAUCCAUAUAUUUUAAUUUUUAAUACAAAAUUAACAAGACCUGAUUAUACUGUUAGUACAUCAUAAAAUUUUGAAAUUUAUAUAGUUCCAUCUAGUCCAAUACUUACAAUUGCAGGUGGAAAUAGAAUGAUUGGGUAUACUGAUAAACUAUUUUUAAAUACAACAAUUACAGAUAAAGAUUUAACUGAAACUGAAGCUUCUAAAAUUAUAUAUGAAUGUAAUUGGAGUUGUUAAGACAUAGUAAAUGGUUCUGCUUGUAUUAAUUAAGAAAAUUAAACAAUUUUAUUUGACAAGAGUUGUAAUUAAUAUUUACCACCUCGUACAUUUGCUCCAUAUUAAGUAUUUAAUUUUGAAGUUAGCAUUAUAAAAGAAGAAAUUGUUUAUUCUACAAAAAUAUCAAUUUAAUUAAUUGAAAUAGAUUUACCAGCUUUAACUGUAUAAGGAGUCAAUGCAUUAGAGAUUCAUAAUUAUUAUGAUGAAUUUAUCUAUUAAUUAGUAUAUCCUGGAAUAAAUCCUGAUGUUUUAAUGUAUGCAGGUGCAGUAAUAUAUGAUUAAGUUGUU